AUUUUCGCAGCUUCCGUUCCGAUUUAUUAUGACAGAUCCUUGAAGGCAUAUUGGACAAAGUGAUGACUGAGUGAAGCUGCAUUAUAACCUUAGUGAUGAGUUACCCCAGUGAAGCUAAGCAGUUGGUUGUGGAUGAGGCAGCGGCCACGGGAAUACUCCAGCAUCUGGACAAAAAUGAACUGCAAAGUCUACUGGAAGACAAUGACAAGCUAGAAGGCUUAAUAAAAGAUCUACAGCAGGUCAAAAACAUACAGACAGACAGAGAAAUGAUGCUAGCCAAAAAUAAAAGCAUGGCAGAGUACAAUUUAUCUCUCCAAAAUCGUCUGGAGAACUUGAAAAGUGAAGUUGCUAAAGGUUAUGAGGAUGCUAAUAAGCUGAAAAUAGCUCUGGCUCAGGAUAAAUCUAGAAUAGAUUCCCACCCGAGUCGCCUUCUCCCUGACACAGUCCUGGCUCUGUUACAGUCCGCUGCCGCAGUGUCAGAAGAAAAUGCAGAGCAAUUUGCAGAGCAGUUCUGUGAUAGUAAGAUAAACCAUGAAGCUUUCUUGGAAAAUUAUCUGCCUGUAAGAACAGUUGCUCAUUUAAGACAAGUGAAAGUGAAGAAAUUAACAGAACUGAUGAAUUCUGGACUCUCGCGGCGAGAUGUUCCUGCCAUUAACUCCUCCACAAACAGUUACUCCUGCCCCAGUGGCCUCCCCAAUCUACCUUACCCUAGUGGCAACUUCUCAAUGCCACAACCAGCAGUGUACCCCAGAUAGUGCUGAAUGAUUUAUAUGUAUUUCUUAUACCAUGGUACAUGAAUUGUGAAAUUAAUGGGCAUAUUACAUGUGCUAUUGUAUUUAAAGAUUCCAAACCUUAAAUCUCAUUGUUUGCUGGUAGAUAUCUGUAAAAAGCAAGACUUUAUUUUGAAUUUUUAAGAAUGAUUUUGUGUUAACAUGUUUUUAUAUUUUGCCAUAUGAAGUGCUGACACUGAACAAUGCAAAAUUUACGUUUCAUGUUCUGUUGUGUGUUAAUGUAGUUGAGCUUGGCUGGAAAAGAAAACAAUGGGACAAAGGAAAACUGUCUUUUGUCUAUAAUAAAAAAGGGUACACAUUUAUUGGGGAUGAUGAUAGAUUUUUCAAUAUUUACACAUUUUAGUACUUUUUGAUUAAAAAAAAAAGUUGAAAAGGUAUUCAAAGAUGAUGUUAAAUGCAUGCACCUUGUUCAUGAUAUGACAAGACCAAAAUGUAUGGGUAUGAGUAUGAAAGAAAAAAAAACAAGGACAAAUCAUGCAUCUUUUAGUUUAAAAUUAAGAUAACUGUGUAAUGAUAAGUUUAUUAAAAUUAUUUAUAACCUUUCAAAAAGAUGCCACAGACUGUGUACCUUUAUUUUACAUAUUGUGUACCACCUGUCUAGUAUUUAUUUUAAACUUGCAGCUUCCAUAAUCUAUUUUAUUACAAGUUCAAAAAAUUUAUGAAUUUUAAAAUUUUGCUACAUUAUAAUUUUAUAAAAGAAAUGCAUGUAAAUCAAUUCAUUUUAGAUAUAUAAACGUAAAUUAUGAUAUUUGAUGAGCAAGCCAACUGUUUUAUAGGUUGUUUUUGUCUCUAAAAAGCUGGAAAAGGCUUCAGGUUUAAUUUGUUUGAUGAAGGUAUUCCAUCCCUGAAAAAAUGAAAUUGAAUGCAUAACAGUUUUGAUUUUGGGGAAUAUGCAUUAAUGUGAAGACAUAAUUCCCUUUUAUUUCUAAGAUUUAUUAGUAUAUAAAUGUGGAAUGUGUCCCAAGUUGUGACCUUUUUCUGAUCUUGAAGAGAUCCAGUUCAAUUUAAGAUCAGAUGAUCUUUGUUAUGUCUUGAGAGUUGCUAUAAUGGGGAUUCAGAAUUUCAAAGAGUAACAGAGAUCUGAUUUUAAUCAGGUUGGGAGUGAAUCUUUCCAUUUUAAUAAUUCAAUAACAAUAAAUUUAAAUAUAUAUCUGUUAGAGUCUUUCCGCCACAGCAUUGAUAUUCUUAGAAUCUGAAUUUUUAAAACAUAGGCUUUUCCCCAUACAUGCAGGCCUCAAUGCAGUCUGUUUAUUGAUUACUGCUUAAGUAACUGAAUCUGAAAAAAUAUCUUCAAUGGUAGAUCUCUUUUGACUGUAAAACACUUGAAAUUAUUUUAUAGUAUUUUAAAAUGUAUGUGUAGUGAUAUUUGCUGAUAAAGAAUUAGUCCUAUUAGGUUUGGAAUACCUUAGAAAUAUUGAACAUGACUGCAGUAGGCAUGUCACAAUCAUCGAGAACUUAAUAUUAUCCAGAAUGGUUAAGGAAGAAUAUAAUCCCUUCUUUAUUCAAAAUGUGUACAUGCACUUGUGUGCAUUGAUUUUUUGCAAUCAUUGAAAUAAAGUUAUUCUAAUAAA